UUGUAGUAUACAAAUCCAUUAGCAUAUGGUUUUCAUUUUGCAGUCGUCAGUCCUCUCUGGUUUUGCUUUCCCAGAAGAAACAAAAUAAACACUGGUGACAGCAUUCAUUCAUUCAUUCCUGAUUGAUUCCCACACAACUCACAACACCCAGCGACUCACUCCAUCAAUCAAAUACUAGUAGCAAUCAUCAGAUUCAGACCGACCGACGGACACAGCUGCAUCAUCAUCGAUUCCAUCCCAUCCAAAGACACCAUCGAGGCAAAGCAGAGCAAAUCCAGUGCUUCUCAAUCUCAAUCUCAAUUUUAAUCUCAUCAUCCUCUCCCUAAGGCUCAAGCUCUUCUGAUUGCACCGCACAUCAAUCGGCAUAUAUUAUACUCUGCUUUGCGAAUUGCGAUAAUGGAAGCCGAGACCAUGGCAAAUCCAGAGCUACCAAACGUCAAAGUUGCUGCGGAUGAAGGCAGCAUUAUUAAGGCACCGACCAAGCAGAAGGAAGGAAAGAAAGAAGAGGAAGAGACUGCCCUUGAUGGAGAAUUUAUAAAGGUAGAGAGGGAAUCAUUUGAUGCCAAGGAUGGUUCUCGUGUCGUUGAAACUGAAGCUUCCGUGGACAGCAAGCCAUCCGUUGCUGAGGAAAGCUUGAGCAAUUCAUCCGCUAGCAGGGAGUUCCUAGAAGCACAGGAAAAGGCGAGGGAAAUUGAGCUCGAAUUGGAAAGAGUUGCAGGAGCACUGAAGGAUUCUGAAUCUCAGAAUGCACAGUUGAAACACGAGCUUUCGCUUACUAAGGGCUUGCUGGAGGAAGCUGGGAAGAAGCACGAAGAGCUUGAACUGGGUCACCAGAAAUUGCAGCGCCAGACCGUGGAGGCGGAAGAGAGACAUACAGCACAGCUCAAGGCUUUGGAGGAGGCUGUACGAUCUCAAGAACUAAAACACAAGGAGUUGACCGAAGUAAAGGAAGCAUUCAGUAAUCUUACCCUAGAGUUUGAUAGCUCGAAAAAGAAGAUGGAAGAGCUUGAGCAAGAGCUACAAACCUCUGCAGAUGAAGCCCGUAAAUUUGAGGAGUUGCAUAGAGAAAGUGGUUCUUAUGCUGAAUCAGAGACAAAGAGGGCCUUAGAAUUUGAGAAGCUGCUUGAGCUUGCAAAAGUCAGCGCAAAACACGCUGAAGACCAGAUGACUUCUUUACAAGAAGAGCUUAAGGGCAUGUAUGAGAAGAUUGCUGAAAAUGAGAAGGUCGAAGGGGCACUCAAGACUACCACCAAUGAGCUUUCUACGGUUCAAGGAGAGUUGGAGCUUUCCAAAUCACAACUGCUAGACGUGGAGCAGAGGCUCGCUUCUAAAGACGCUCUUAUACACGAGUUAACUCAAGAAUUAGAUGUCAGAAAGGCCUCCGAAUCUCAGGUCAAGGAAGACGUAUCAGCGCUAGAUAUUUCGCUUUCAUCAAUUAAAGAAGAACUUCGGUCAAAAGCGUCGGAUUUGGAAGAUGCCAAGUUCAAGUUGCAGGAGGAAGAGAGCGCAAAAGGACAGGUUGAAGUUAAAUUGAAAGACCAGGAAGCCAAAGUAUCAACCAUGCAGGAAAAAGUGGCCAAGUUAACGGCAGGCAAUGAAGAGCUUGAAGCUGCUGUUGCUGAGCUAACAAAUAAUGUAUCCCAGAUGAAGGAGCUGUGCAGUGAUCUGGAGGCUAAGUUGCAGCAGUCUGAUGAGAACUUCUGCAAGGCAGAUUCUCUCCUGUCUCAAGCUUUGGCAAACAGUGCAGAACUAGAACAGAAGUUGAAAGCCCUGGAAGAGCUUCAUCUUGAAUCUGGAUCUGCUACCGACACAGCUACCCAAAAGAAUCUUGAGCUUGAGGAAAUCAUACGAGCCUCUAACGUUGCAGCAGAUGAAGCGAAAGCUCAACUUAGAGAAUUUGAGACACGUUGUAUUGCAGCAGAACAAAGGAGCGUGGAACUAGAGCAACUAUUGAAUCUGGUUGAGCUGAAAAGCAAUGAUGCUGAGAGAGAACUGAGAGAGUCUUCUCAGAAAAUAUCAGAACUGAACGCAACACUAGAAAAAGCCGUGGAAGAAAAGGAACUGCUGAACACCCAGAUACAAGAAUACCAGCAUAAGGUGGCUGCUCUGGAGUCUGACUUGGGUCAGUCAACAGCACGACAUUCAGAACUUGAGUUGGAGUUAACGAAUGUCACUGGGAAAUGUGCCGAACAUGAGGGACAGGCUAAUAAGAUCCACCAGCGUAGCCUUGAGCUGGAAGACUUGAUGCAGGUGUCACAUUCCAAAGCAGAAGAAGCCAGCAAAAAAGUGAGUGAGUUGGAGCUCUUGCUUGAAACAGAGAAGUAUAGAAUUCAGGAGCUUGAAGAACAAAUAAUCACUUCAGAGAAGAAAUGCCAGGAUGCAGAGGCAGAGUCUAAGAACCAAUCACAAAGGGUUUCUGAACUUGAAGCAGAACUUGAGGCACACAAAUCUAAAGCAGGAAGCCUGGAAGUUGCUGUAGAAUUGGCUACUGAAAAAGAAAAGGAAUUGAAUCAAUGCCUGAAUGCUAUGACAGAGGAGAAGAAAGUUUUAGAAGAUGCAUCCAAAAGUUUAAAUGAAAAACUAGCUGAAGCAGAAGGGCUCCUUGAAGUCUUGCGGAAUGAAACAAAUGUCUCCCAGGAGAAAUUGGAGAGCUUGGAGGAUGAUCUCAGGGCUGCCGGUAUUAGAGAAACAGAAUAUACGGAGAAGCUGAAAUCUGCUGAGGAGCAGGUAGGUCAUCAUGGACAUUUAUUGGAGCAAGCAACCGCCAGAAGCAGGGAGAUCGAAUCCUUGCAUCAGACCCUAUCAAGGGAUUCUGAAACAAAGCUUCAAGAGGCAAUAGCAAAUUUCUCAAGCAAAGAUUCGGAGACAAAGUCAUUAUACGAGAAACUGAAAUUGCUCGAAGAUCAAGUAAGGAGUUACGAAGACCAAUUGGCUGAAUCCAGUGGGAUAUACGCAGCUACAAAAGAACAGCUGAACCAGGUUUUGAUCAAGUUGACUUCUGCAGAAAAUACCAUUGAGGACCUUUUAAGAAGGAUCUCUGAAUCAGAAAAUAAGUCUGCUCAGUUUUCUGCAGAGAAUGAACUCUUAUCUGAGACAAAUGUACAGCUUAAGGCCAAGGUAAAUGAAAUUGAAGAACUUCUGAAGUUGUCUGCUGCUGAAAAGGAAACUACUGCCCUGCAACUUGCUGCGCACGUGAACUCUAUCACUGAAUUAACAGAUCAGCAUUCUCGAGCCUCUGAACUCCAGUUGGCUACUGAAUCUAGAGUUUCAGAAGCAGAAAAACAAUUGCAAGAAGCUAUCCAGAAAUUCACCCAUAGAGAUUCAGAGGCUAAAGACUUAAUUGAGAAGUUGAAUGCUUUAGAAGGCCAGCUGAAAGCAUAUGAAGAGCAGGCUCAUGAAGCAUCUACAGUUUCUGAAAGUCGAAAGGCAGAACUGGUGCAGACUCUACUAAAAUUGAGGAAUCUAGAAAGCAUCAUUGAAGAACAGCAAGGCAAGUCUGUUCAGUAUCAACAAGAGACUGAGAAGGUACUUGCAACAAAUAUAAAGCUCACUGAGGAACUGGCAUCAUAUGAGUCGAAAGUUAAUGAUACACUGACAAAACUGUCAGCUGCACUUGCUGAGAAGGAAGAAGCAGCUGAAGAGCUUCACUCUGCAAGGAAAACAAUUGAAGGCUUGACACAACAGCUAACUUCUGAAGGGGAAAAGCUACAAUCUCAGAUGUCUUCUGCAAUAGAAGAGAAAAACAUACUCACUGAAACACAUGAAAUUUCCAAGAAGGAGCUGCAGGCUGUGGUAACACGUCUUGAGGAACAACUGAAGGAACAGGAAUCAAGUGAAAUUACUCUGAAAGCUGAGAUAGAAACUCUCAAGGAUGAGAUCAGCCAGAUGUCUGUUUUGCAAAAUCGUCUAAAAGAGCUGGAAGAACAAUUAGUGGACUAUGAACAGAAAGAAAGUCUCUCCCAAAAAGAGUUGGAAACUGAAGCUCCUCCAAAACAUGUGAUUGAAGAGCUCGAAGCUAAGAGCAAACAAGUCCAGUUCCUGGGAACCCAAGUGAAAGAUCUAGAGCAGAAAUUGCAGCUGGUUGAUGCAAAAUCAAAAGAGAAGGAGGCUGGAGGCAUUAGUGUGGAAUCCAGGGAUCUGGGAACCAGCAUCUCAACCCCAUCAAAACGGAAGAGUAAGAAGAAGUCGGAAGCCUCUUCCACUCAAACGACAUUGUCCUCAGAUACGAACGCUCAAUCUGCAGAGGGAUCUCCUUUAAUGGCCUUCAAAUUCAUCUUGGGUGUGGCACUGGUUUCAGUGAUUAUUGGCAUCGUUCUUGGGAAAAGAUACUAAAAGCUGGUAGGGCUUCCUGGUUGUGGAUUUGCUUCUGAAGAUGAAGGAAUUCAAUUUUUUUUUCUUUUUUUUUUUUAAAAAAAAAAAUCUUAUUUAUGGGUUUCUCAUUUGUAAUAGUGUAGUGAGAAAGAAAAGCCAAAUUUUUGGCUGGCAUGCUAUUUAUGUAGGAGGUUAGAGCUGGUUUGGUUUUGGUCCAGUGGGAAUUGAUUUUUUAGGAUAAAGAUCCCCUGGCUGUGAUUUACCUGUAUUGCGCUUUGCAGGAAAAGAGAGUUGGUUCCGUGUAA